UAUAACUGGCUGGCUCAGUGUCUCCUUCAAGCAGAACCGAGAACAGCAGCACCAGAGCUAGAGCUUACUUACACACAGCUCAGAGAGCUUAGAUCUUACAAGCAUUACAAGAGACUCCUACUACACUACAACUUCACUUUCUUCUUUUUUGAUCUCUUCACCUGGGAAAACAACUACCGAACCAAGACCAUUCUGUGCAAGAUUAUCCAGAAUAGAAUCACAAAUAAUAUUAUUAACUUUAUCAUAACUUUUUUUCUUUUUGAAGGAAAAGAAAACUUGGACACUUUUCACACAACUUUACUGGUCAACAAUUCCUUUUUAUAUGUAGUUUGGCUAUAUUUAAAUCAUUCAUCUGAGGAGGAAAAAGACUUUUUAAAAACUUUUUUGGAGCAUUUGGAUCACUUUUUUGGAUUCAUUGAAAGAGUUGUCAUUUGGAGAUUAGAAGGACUUUGGAUGUGUUUCUCGGGCGUUUGGACAGUCCCAUAGGCUGUUGAAGCUCCUCUUGGGCCAGUGAGUGUGGUGACUGAUUCUGAAGGCUUCUUCAUCAGAGAGGAGCAGGCGUCAUAUCACCUGGAUUGACCUACAGAUCCAAACUGAUUUUUGUUUUUUGUUUUCUACCUUUGCCCUUUUCCCCCACUUUCCCACUCUUUUUUUCAUCACAGCCUGUUGGAAGAGAGGUUUUUGAACUCUCUGUCUCAAUCUCUCUUCAUUCCUUCCUUAUUCUCUCACUCACACUCUCUGCCUUUGUGGGAGUAGUGAGUGAAAGAGAACUGAGAGGAGAGCAGCACUCUUAACUGACCUGAGACUGUAGUGCAGGACAGACAUCACUUCAAGAAGAAAUACAGAGUAGCACCAUGUUGUGUUCGAGGAGGUUACUCCAGCAGUGGUGUCUGGCGGUGUUUCUGCUGUGUUCUCCUGUCCCCCAUCACGGGAGGCCCAUCGAUGCCCUGAGCCACAGAAUGAAGCGCUCAGUGACCCACGCCCAGCUGAUGCACGACAAGGGCCGGACGCUGCAGGACUACAAGCGGCGCAUGUGGCUGCAGGAGCUGCUGGACGUGGUGCACACGGCCGAGACGCGCGACCUGCCCCGCACCGGCAUCAGCACCGGCGGCAGCGGCGGCGUAGGACUGGGCAUCGGCGCCGGCAGCAGCAGUAGCGGCAGCAGCGUCGGCAUGGGCAUGGGAAUGGGCAUCGGAGGAGGUGUCGGGCUUUCGCCGGGCGCCGGCGGUAGCAGCAGCAGCACCAUCGGCGGUAGCGGUAGCACGGGGGGCAGCACCCUCCACCCGAAGCCCGCGGGCGGCACCAAGAACCUGCCCAUCAGCUUCCGCCUGGAGGACGAGGAGGGCACCAACCUGCCGCAGGAGACCAACAAGUCGCAGACGUACAAGGACACGGCUCUGAAGGCGGCGGGCAAGAAGAAGAAGAAGGGCCGCUCCGGCAAGCGGCGCGAGGGGGGCGAGAAGAGGAAGAGGCGGGCGCGCUCGCUGGCGUGGGCGUGGCCGCGGACGAUCCAGGAAGUGGCGGCGGCCGAGGAGCGGGAGGCCGGCAGCGGGUACGGCGAACACGGCGGCUACCACCUGGAGUGGCGGCCUUACUUUGGGCUGCAGGGGGCGCUGCACUAGAGAACACUGUCAGUCUCUGACAACGAAAUACAAUGACAUUUCAAAUGGACACCUAAAUACUCCUGUUACAGUAUCCUGUAAUGGUGAUUGUUUGGAAAGUGACACAGAAUAUAUUUAUUGUCUGUAAAUAUUCUCAACACAUCAGAAUAAUAAUAAUAAUAAUAAUAAUAAAUAAUAAUAAUGACAAUUAAAAAUAUGAUAAAAAAAAAACCUUAUUCAAUGCUCAAAUGGGCUACAGAUUUCGAUCUUUUGUGAAUACUUCCUUUUUUGUUAGGACUAUGCCAAUUACAAAUGUCAGAUUUUUUGCGGUAAUUUAUUUUGUUUGAAUGGUGUAUUUAUUUUGUAAAUGUAUCAAGGUGCUGCUGACCUUCUAUAUUUUUGUACAAUAAUGCACUUUAGAUAUAUAAAUAUAAAUAUAUAAACAAGUACGUUUUUUCUGUUAAUUGAUUUUCUUGUUUGUUUGUGGUUUGUUUUGAUGAAUGAAGAAGAAAAAAAGACAUCAUUCUUUCAUGAUCUAGCCUGCUCUGUUGGCUUGGCCGAAAAUUCUGAACUAGUUCAUUGUCUCGCUUUUUUGUUCUUUGUUUUUUUUUUUUUACUUUUUAAUUUUAUUUCAACUGUUUAUUUUAUGUAUGAGAGGGCUUGUGGUGGGAGAGAGACAGAGGGAGGGCUGAAGGGAUGUUUGAAUGGAGAGAUCGAUGGAGGGAGGGCAAAAUUUUGUUUUCUGUUUUCUUUGCUGCUGACCAGGACACCCCACAUUUGCGUUGUCCACAAAAUCCAGUCACGUGACUCGGUUGGGUCAUCAACUAUGUACAUUGUGCUUGUAAUGACCCCUCCACGCUCCCCUUCUCCUCCACUCACCCUCACCUCCCCUUCACUCCAACUCCCCAUUUCACAAACUCAUCUGUUGCCCCCGGCAACCAGUUGUGUCUGUCUUUUGCUUGUUUCAACGCCAGAGUUCACUCUGUACAUAAAGAAGAAAAAAAAACAAUGGUUCACACAUUAAACCGACUCAAUGUUGUUGUUUGGCACUUGCACUGAGAGGACAUCCCUAUAUUGAACGGAUUAAACAUU